CGAGAUCUUUCCCGUUCUCACGCUCCUCCCACCGGCCGAGCUAGCUGAGGGAUGCUUGUCCGCCAUCGCGGAGGGGUUUAGUCAGCGCCGAGUAGACUAGUUCCGGUACAAGAGACUACGUUCUUCCAGCCGCGCUGCUGGGAAACAGGCCUGGAGAGAGGACGCUACAGGAGCACCUAGGUCUUUGAUAGGCCGGGCCCGGGGCCUCCUCACACCGACGCACGCCGGGGGGAGACAAGGAGGGGCCCCGGGGCCGAGAGAGGACGACGACUAGCCGCCAACAUGUCGAACCUCAGCAAAGGCACCGGCAGCAGGAAGGACACCAAGAUGAGGAUCCGGGCCUUCCCGAUGACUAUGGAUGAAAAGUAUGUGAACAGCAUUUGGGAUCUGCUGAAGAAUGCAAUUCAAGAAAUCCAGCGCAAGAACAACAGUGGACUAAGUUUUGAAGAACUGUAUCGAAAUGCAUAUACCAUGGUGCUCCACAAACAUGGAGAGAAGCUGUACACGGGGCUUAGAGAAGUAGUGACGGAGCAUCUCAUAAAUAAGGUUCGAGAUGACGUCUUAAACUCUUUAAAUAACAAUUUCCUUCAGACGCUUAAUCAAGCUUGGAAUGACCACCAAACGGCCAUGGUAAUGAUUAGAGAUAUACUCAUGUACAUGGACAGAGUCUAUGUUCAGCAAAACAACGUGGAAAAUGUCUAUAAUCUGGGCUUGAUAAUAUUUCGAGAUCAAGUUGUACGCUACGGCUGCAUACGAGAUCAUCUACGGCAGACGUUAUUAGACAUGAUUGCAAGAGAGCGGAAAGGAGAGGUAGUGGACAGAGGAGCCAUAAGAAAUGCCUGUCAGAUGCUUAUGAUCCUUGGAUUGGAAGGAAGGUCGGUGUAUGAAGAGGAUUUUGAAGCACCCUUUUUGGAAAUGUCUGCAGAGUUCUUCCAGAUGGAAAGCCAGAAGUUUCUAGCAGAAAACAGUGCCUCGGUGUAUAUAAAGAAAGUAGAGGCUAGAAUAAAUGAAGAAAUAGAACGAGUCAUGCACUGCUUAGACAAAUCCACAGAAGAACCCAUCGUGAAGGUGGUGGAGCGAGAGCUCAUCUCCAAGCACAUGAAGACCAUUGUGGAGAUGGAGAACUCUGGACUAGUUCAUAUGUUGAAGAACGGAAAGACAGAAGAUCUAGCGUGUAUGUACAAGUUGUUUAGCAGAGUCCCCAAUGGCCUGAAGACCAUGUGUGAGUGCAUGAGUCUGUAUCUACGAGAACAGGGCAAAGCACUGGUUUCUGAAGAAGGGGAAGGAAAGAAUCCUGUUGAUUAUAUACAGGGUCUUCUUGACCUGAAAAGUAGAUUUGACCGCUUCCUUCAAGAAUCUUUUAGUAACGACCGUCUUUUCAAGCAAACCAUUGCUGGUGACUUUGAGUAUUUUCUUAAUCUGAACUCCAGGUCCCCUGAAUACCUUUCUUUAUUUAUCGAUGACAAGCUGAAAAAAGGAGUCAAAGGACUAACAGAGCAGGAAGUAGAAUCCAUACUCGACAAGGCAAUGGUCUUGUUUAGAUUUAUGCAAGAGAAAGAUGUAUUUGAGCGUUAUUACAAGCAACAUUUGGCCCGAAGACUUCUCACCAACAAGAGUGUGUCAGAUGACUCGGAAAAGAACAUGAUAUCCAAGCUGAAGACGGAGUGCGGUUGCCAAUUUACAUCAAAGUUGGAAGGCAUGUUCCGAGACAUGAGCAUCUCAAACACCACUAUGGAUGAAUUCCGGCAACAUUUACAGACCACAGGGGUGUCCUUAGGGGGUGUAGAUCUCACAGUCAGAGUACUUACCACUGGCUACUGGCCCACACAAUCUGCUACACCAAAAUGCAACAUCCCACCAGCUCCUAGGCAUGCUUUUGAAAUAUUUAGAAGGUUUUACCUCGCUAAGCACAGUGGACGACAGCUCACGUUGCAGCACCACAUGGGCUCAGCAGAUCUCAAUGCUACGUUCUAUGGGCCUGUCAAAAAGGAGGACGGCUCAGAGGUCGGUGUUGGAGGAGCACAGGUUACUGGAUCUAACACAAGGAAACACAUAUUGCAAGUCUCAACCUUCCAAAUGACUAUACUAAUGCUCUUCAAUAACAGAGAAAAGUAUACUUUUGAGGAAAUUCAACAAGAGACGGACAUCCCAGAGCGGGAGCUUGUGAGGGCACUUCAGUCUCUGGCCUGUGGAAAGCCAACCCAACGAGUCCUCACGAAAGAACCCAAAUCUAAAGAAAUAGAGAGUGGGCACAUGUUCACUGUUAAUGAUCAAUUCACUUCCAAACUUCAUAGAGUUAAAAUUCAAACAGUGGCGGCCAAACAAGGUGAAUCUGACCCUGAAAGAAAAGAGACUCGACAGAAAGUUGAUGACGAUAGAAAACAUGAGAUAGAAGCUGCUAUUGUUCGGAUAAUGAAAUCUAGGAAGAAAAUGCAGCACAACGUAUUAGUAGCAGAGGUAACACAGCAAUUAAAGGCCCGAUUCCUUCCAAGUCCAGUUGUUAUUAAAAAGCGUAUUGAAGGACUUAUUGAACGUGAAUAUCUAGCACGAACACCGGAGGAUCGCAAAGUAUACACCUACGUAGCAUAGAAAAUGCGUCCUGCUAAUUGAUUUACUCUUGGACUUCAUACCCCUUCGCAUGGACUGGGAAGUUCUUUUAAAUCAUUACACGGUUACGAGCGUCAUCUAUUAAAUUACAGUACGUGUUCUAGAACAUGCACGGCGAGCCUACAAGAUUUUACGACAUCCGAUUCCCUUGGGGGGCCUUUGUAGAUAUCAUUUAUACAGUUCCUUUGUGGAAUUGUUAACACCCAGAUUUCUCUUUCUCUCGAUACUGUAUGGAAAGAAUGGGAAACGCCAAAAAGGAAAAAAAAAAUGAAUAAAUAAACAAAAACAAAAAACGAAUUUAGAAAAUACAAGUCAAGUUAAUAAAAUUUUGGGGAACUUACUCCCUGCUCCCAAAUGUUAGUGGUGGUGUUUAUGUUCAUCUGCUGAAUCUACUGCUUUUCUAUAAGGGUAUGGAAAUGCUGAGUUCUCUGUUGCAGUUCAGGUUAUGGGAAGAUAAUACAUUUUUGUAGUAUUAAACACAGGAACGUUAUUACAAUGCCAGGUUGGGUGUUGGGCUGCUGUUUGUUUUGAUCCUUGCACAUAAAUUUUAAGUUAACUCGCAUGAAUGUCUUUGUCUUUAAGAUAAAGUCUUAGUCUACCUUUGUGUCCAUUUUCCCUCCUUUUGCACUCUGGACCAUCUGCACCCAUUGACGAUCAGAACAGUUUUUUUGAUUUAUUUUGUACAAGUAAGCGGUGGAUGAUUCAGGCUCUCCACUUCUUCACAACGCUGGAGAGGCAGCUGUAGAGUAAUAUAUUCUGUCUCAUUGGCGACUUCGAAUUGUAAGGACAGGAGUGUUUAUUUGGUGUAUACGUUUAACCCUAUUUAUUCAAGCAAUCUCACAAGACGAUUUCACGAUGACCUUUGAUUUUCUGGCGAAGUGUGCUUUUCACAGGCAAGAGAACAGCUUUCUGCUAAAGAGUGAAACCCCUGUAGAACCUGCUAUGCAUCUAGUGUACAUAACCACUAUAUUUUCCUAAAGUGAUGCCUUUUCCACAUGAUUUAUCACUCAGCCGUUUCCACACUUCUUCUUGUCUCCUCUUUCAACAGCUUUAUUUGGGGCAAAUCUCGUUAAUCAUGGUUCUAGAAAUGAGCCCCAUGUACCAAUACGCAUGUUGAGCGUCGAGUGCCAUUGUUGACGUUGCAAGUGGAAAUACAUUGUCCUGAGCUUUAUGUUUAUUUUACAGCUAGAAAUGGAUUUUAAUCUGCACCAUGUUCGUACUUAAUGUGAAUUAUUUUCCUCUUGGGGAAUAUUAUGUUCUGCAUAAAUAUGUGAAAGUUGCCCAUCAGACAUUCAUUUACCGAAUCUAGAAAAGUCUUGUUCCAUCCUUAUCCGCAAACGUUGCCACAGAUGAAAGGAAAUGUUCCAGUGUUUGCAGAUGUAAAUAACAUUUUACUUGUUUACUAUAUUCUUUUAAAAGACCAUUUUAUGCUAUACAUUUAUGGUAAUAAGAGCCUGCAAAUUUGCAAUAAACAGGGUUUUUACUCUUCCA